CAGAUUGUUACUAACAUGCUCAUCACCGUCCUUUGUCUGUCUCUUCUUUUAAACUCAGGUCUCACUGUUGUAGUUCUGCAGUCUGGGGAUCAAGUGUCUCACCCAGGAGCCACAGUGAUGAUGGAGUGCAGCAUGGGUCCAGGGUUCAGCAUGGGCAGCUACACCAUGUACUGGUACCGACAAAACCACCAUGGAGCUCCAGUUGAGUUCCUCACCAAAGAAUACGACCAAACUGUGGGGCGCUUUCAGUCAUCUCUUGAUACAGCCAAGAACAACUUCUCUCUUCAAAUUACUGAGCUGCACCCAAAUGACAGCAGCACCUACUACUGUGCUGCCAGUCACAGUGAUGAAAACAGACCAGACAUUCAUACAAAUAACAAGCCUGUCUGUACCAGAUGGUAUGCAGGAAGGAAGCAGCUGUGGCUUGUUUGGUUUGAUGCUAAAUUGACAGAGAUAGUUGCCAUAGUGGAGUGUAAGAUCACUGUGAAAACAAAGCUGCUCUUGGUUGCAGUUCUAAUCAUCACUGAUUUCUCCUUGUGUGUAAAAAUUAACCAGCCUCCAUUUGCAUUCAUUCGUGAGGGAGACCCGUCUGUAACUUUACAGUGUGAACAAGAUGACAGUCAGUUUUACUACAUGUUCUGGUACAGACAAAGCAACAGUGGGAAAAUGGAUCUGGUGACAUAUUCUAUCAAUAAAGACAACGUGAAUACUGAAGCUCCUUUCAACAAAUCCAAGUACACCAUGUCCCGACCUGCAGUGCUAAGCUCCUCUCUGCAGAUAAAACCUGUUGAGGCUGAAGACUCAGCUGUGUAUUACUGUGCCUCUAUUUUUGGUAGAGGAGACAGUCAGUGUGACACUGGAUCUGAAGCUUACUUUGGAAAAGGAACAAAACUCACUGUUUUAGAAGAUGGGGUUGAUGUCACCCCACCAACAGUGAAGAUGUUUUGGCCUUCAUCAACAGAGUGUCGAAACCCGGAAAAUACACGGAAGAAGACCUUACUUUGUGUGGCCACUGAUUUCUACCCAGACCAUGUCCGUGUGUUCUGGCAGAUGAAUGGGGAGAAUGUCACCACAGGUGUGGCAACUGGCAACCCUGUCAAGCAGCAUGAUAAGAAGUACAGAAUCACCAGCAGGUUGAGGGUCCAUGCUGAUGACUGGCAAGACUCUGAGAAUGAGUUCACGUGCAACGUCGAAUUCUUCACCAUUGACAAAGGCCCUAUAAUUAUAUCAGAGAGCAUUCAAAGUAAAGAAGAUCUUUCGCCAAAAGAGUCAACAAGAGAAGACUAUCUGAAGAUCACACAGACUGCCAAACUCACCUACAGUGUUUUUAUCAUCAAGAGCUUCAUCUAUGGAGCCUUUGUAGUGUUUGUGGUGUAUAAACUUAAGGGUUCAACUGGAAAGUACUGAUAUGUGAGAGCUGUGCUGAGACAAACUCUGGGAGAUGGAAUAUAAUAUAAUGGAAUAUAAUUGUCUUUCUGUAAAUACAACUGAAAACAAAGUAGUUAUGUUUCUAUAAAGUUGCAUGUUGCAGUGCAUUUAUACAGUAGAUGAACAGUUCUGUGCUUAUUAUUAUACUAAAGCUGAAAGCUGGCAUGCAAAUGCAGUAUAUUGAAUCAAGUUUCUAUAGAUAUGUCAUAGUUCUAUGCACUGGUUUGUGGUGGUGUAAUGCUUGUGUGCUUAAUUUGUUGCUCAAUAAAAAGUAUUUCAAAGGA